AUGUCGACUACCACGAAAACCGGAACUGAGGACGCAAAGUGGCAGCUUGCUGAAGUUGCCAGCCCUCACCUCUCUAAUCCUGUCUCUGUCUAUGUUGCCAGAAACAUACCAUGUACCUCAAAUUCAAACCGCUUCCAAAAUAUUACUGUCUAUGCUCCACGCGCUAUCAAAUCCUUGGUCGGUAUUGGCGAAACCAUCACUUCUCUUCCCUCUGUUGCUUCCCCUUCCAAGGGCACCCGAUGGCUCAUCCAUAUUCAUGGCGGCGCCUGGAGAGACCCUUUCCUAGAUUCCUCAUCUAUCGAAGCUGCAGUGGCCCAUGCGUUUUCAUCUGAUGAUUCGGACGUGCCCAUCUCGGCAAUUGUCUCCGUCAACUACACCCUCUCCCCGUUUCCUACGCACCCCACUCUGCCCUAUGAUGCGUCUCGCAGUGCAAGGCACCCCAGACACAUCAAAGAUGUUCUCCAAGCCUUCGCACUACUUCGCUCACUCGGACUCAAAGACGACUCGUAUCUUCUAUCGGGUCAUAGUGCCGGCGCUUGCCUUGCAUUCCAGGCGGCUUUGUUUGGCGCGCAACACUGGGGUCCUGAGUUCGAAAGAAUCCCUUCACCGCCACGUCCUGCGGCCGUUCUUGGUUUGAACGGUUUAUACGAUAUCCCGGAUCUUGUCAGUGGCUUGGGCGACUCGCACAAACAUCUCCAGGAAGUCUAUGAGAUUCUACUAGUACAGGCUUUUGGAGAGGACCAGACUGCAUGGCCAGCGGCAAGUCCAGCAAGGUUCGAUGCCAAGACGCUGAUUGGAAGGGUUGAGGAAGGGAGGGUCGCCCGUCUCGUCCUACUUGAUCAGAGUCCGGAGGAUCAGCUUGUACCAAUCUCUCAAGCAGACAAGAUGGAGAGAAGUUUAAAGGAGGUCCAAGGAAUCAAAGUCGUUAGAGGCCGCCGCUGUCAAAGCAGACAUGCUGCUCCCUGGGAAGAGGGUUACAUGAUUUGGCAGAGCGUUCUAGAUGUCCUGGGCAUGCUGGAUAGUGAGGGCUGA